CUGCUGGUUCUGAGCGCACGUGCAACUGACUCAGUGUGCGCGCGCUCACAACGUCCUCAUUCAAAUACCUGGACCGAGAGCAACAUCCGGACAACAACCGGACAAACAACCGGACAACUACCGGACAACAUCCGGACAACAACCGGACAACAUCCGGACAACAACCGGACAACAACCGGACAACUACCGGACAACUACCGGGGCAACUACCGGACAACAACCGGACAACAUCCGGACAACUACCGGACAAACAACCGGACAACAUCCGGACAACAACCGGACAACAUCCGGACAACUACCGGACAACAUCCGGACAACUACCGGACAACUACCGGGGCAACUACCGGACAACUACCGGACAACAUCCGGACAACAACCGGACAACAUCCGGACAACUACCGGACAACAACCGGACAACUACCGGACAACUACCGGACAACUACCGGGGCAACUACCGGGCAACUACCGGACAACAACCGGACAACAUCCGGACAACUACCGGGGCACCUACCGGACAACAGCCCGCCCGACCCUCAGGAACACGUCAGCUGACGUCGUCGUUUCUCUAAAACCUAGAGGAGACGUGACAACAGGAUGUGGACCGAGAAGAAACUGAGUCCGCCUGCUGACCGUAUUUCAACGAGCGCCUCGCGGUUCUUAACAUCACCUCUAACGGCACAUCAGGUGGCGGCACCACUACAGACUACAACUUUGACAGCUGGAUGGCCUUGCUCUCCCAGCUGCCCCUGCUCCUCUUCACGCUGCUCAACUCCUUCCUGUAUCAGUGGGUGAGGGAACGCGUCAGGGUGGUAUUCAGCCUCAUCACCAUCUUCAUCAUCUUCGCCCUCACUGCCGCUCUGGUCUCGGUCCCGAUGCAGCCGGACACAUUCUUCUCCGUCACUAUGACGAGCAUCUGGUUCAUCAACAUGUGCAGUGCGGUGCUGCAGGGUAGUCUGUUCGGCGUGGUCGGCCUGUUCCCUCAUCGUUACAACACUCUGUUCAUGAGUGGUCAGGGUCUGGCCGGGAUCUUCGCUGCCGUCGCCAUGCUCUCCUCCAUCUUGUGUGACGCGGAGAAGAGCUUGGCUGCGUUGGGAUACUUCAUCACUCCGUGUGUGGCCACUCUGGGGACUCUGCUGUGCUACCUGCUGCUGCCCCACCUGGACUUUGCUCGUUAUUACCUGAACAGGAGCCGUUCAGAAGCGUCGCAGGAACUCCUCGGCAGCUCAGACAAAAAGAUCUUGAACGGCAAAGACCUUGAAGCCAACGGGAAGUUCCUCGGUGAGCCACAGGAGGGUCGGGAGCGCUCGUCGGUCCUGGGAGUGUUCAAGAAGAUCUGGCUGAUGGCUCUGUGCGUGACGUGCGUGUUCGCCGUCACCGUGUCGGUGUUUCCGGUCGUCACAGUUCGAGUGCAAACCGUCUACAAGGACAACGCCGCCUGGGACAAAGUCUUCACCUGUACAUGCUGCUUCAUCGUUUUUAACGCCAUGGACCUGGCCGGCCGCGGCACGCCGUCUCUCGUCCAAUGGCCAUCGAAGGGCAGCCUCCUGUUUCCUGCCACCGUGGUGUCUCGUCUGGUUUUCGUCCCUCUGCUCAUGAUGUGCAACGUGGAGAACUCCCGUCUCACCGUCCUCUUCAGCCACGACGCUGCCUUCGUCGCCAUCAUGGCUCUGUUCUCCUUCUCCAAUGGAUACUUGGCAACCCUCUGCAUGGCCUACGCUCCACAGCUGGUGCACCGUCAGGACGGCGAGACCGUCGGCUCUCUGAUGACCUUCUUCCUGGUUCUGGGUCUGGCUCUGGGAGCGUCUCUCUCCUUCCUACUGGGAAAACUGGUGUAGACGGCGGCAGGUGGCCACCACCACCACCACCAUCACCACCAUCACCAUCACCACCACCACCACCACCACCAUCACCACCACCACCACCACCACCAUCAUCACCACCACCACCAUCACCACCAUCA